AUGGAUUAUAAUAGACAACCUUGGCCGUCUUACCCCAGGAGUAUUAUUGCCAUGAUCACCAGCAUCCACAUCCCUGUCAGCCUGUCUGUCAGUCUCACAGACACCUGGCCGAUCGCGUCGACACACAGAUUUGAUUUCCAAUGCAUGGCGCACUUUGCGGUAAUAUUUCCCCUCUUCAACUCGCAUUGUCUCAACGUUCGCAUCACUCGCGCUGAUCGAAAUAGAUUGCCAUUAAGGGGCUUCAUCAAGCACAUAGGAAGCAAGAAAGGAAAGGAACCACGCCAUGGCCCUACAUUCAGGCUUCCAAGAACGUCACUCGAUUCUCAAGAUGGAGAAUCCGCUGCGCUGCUGCCUGCCAUAGCACCGUCGACAUCCGUAUCUUCGGUAAAUAUUGCGGCUACCAUGGACUUUUCGCCAGAGGGUGUGUCUGUUGGAUCUUCGACCCAAAGGUCUCAACAUGGCAUCAACGCAUCCGCAAGCGAGUAUGAAUGUUCAGACCAGCAAGCGCAGUUCCAAGAACUUUGGAAAGAAGCAAUUCUUACUAUCAAAGAGUCGAAAGACGGUAAUAAAUUAGCAGAGACUUUUGAGAUUCUAGACCAAGCCUCAACCAAAGACUCUAAGUUUAGCCUGUCAGUGUUGAUAUCAAAAUUAGAAGCGGCAAUGAAACGCGUCGGUAUGCAAAAGAAGUUGGCUGAAGCUAUGGAAACGAUCAUUCCACAUCUCAAUCGGUUCGCCGUUGUAGGCGAUAUCGCUGUCAGCACAAACCCUAAUCCUGCUGCAUUACCAUGGGCCGCCGUGCGUUUCCUUCUCCUGAAUCUUACCGCUGGGGGAGAUCAGGGCCAAGGUCGACCAAGGCAUUACCGAAAUAAUCAUCCUGCUUCUAGUGACCUUGCGGUAGAUACCAACCUUCGCAAGAAGAUCAUCGACGCUCUAUCUCAAUGCAUAAAGCUGCUCGGAUUUGCGCUUCGUCACCAGAAGAAGGCCGCCAGGGCUCUUACAGAUGCUUUUCGCUUAGAAGACUUUUCUGGAUAUCUAAAAGAUCUCAGUGUUGCCAAGAAUAGACUACAUAAUGCUGGCAUAUUAUGCGAAAUGCAUCAUAGUUCACAUGCCCGAGACCAUCUCAAGUUUGUUUGUGGCUUGAUGAUCGAAAUGAGGCUCGAAUACAGUCAAAGCGCUGAAGAAAAGGUCAAGGCGCAACUCAGAGAUCUACUCAUCGACCCUAAGGACGUGUUCGAUCACAUUUAUUAUCCACCCGAUUCUUUCUGUCUAGAGGGCACCCGCGUACAAGUUCUCAAAGACAUCGACGAAUGGGCGUCCGAUCCCCAAAGUCCGACGAUCUGUUGGCUCCCAGGUCUGGCUGGGACCGGCAAGAGUACCAUUUCGCGCACAGUCUCAAGAAACUUGAAAGACAAAACGCUUAGCGCCGGCUUCGUCUUUAAGAAAGGUGCCGGUAGCCGAGGAAGUGGCCAGCAUCUGUUUGCGGUACUGGCAUAUCAACUCGCCCUACAGUUCCCUCCCAUCCGCCCUCAUAUCCCUCAUAUCUUGCAGACAGUGAAGGACGAUCACUCUCUAGCCAUGACACCUAUCCGGAUCCAAUGGCAAAAGUUGAUUGUAAAUCCACUUGUUAAAUUGCAAGACGAAGGGCUCGUCAAGCCUGUUCUUUUCGUUUUCGAUGCCUUGGACGAAUGUAAUGAACAAGAUCGCGGAGAGAUUCUUCGUUUACUAUUGACAACAUGCCCAGAGGUACUACGAGUCUUUCUCACAAGUAGGCCAGAACUUGACAUUAUGGGACAUUUUAUCGACGAACCGCUCCAUAGAGAGAUUGUCCUUCACAAACUCGAAAUCCGAACCAUAGAGAACGACUUCUUUGUUUUCCUCCGCCAGUCUCUGGAACGUUUCGUGGUGGAACAUAAUCGCACUCAUCGUCAAAAGCACCUCCAAUUACCUUCAGACUGGCCUGGGGAUGAGCGAUUCCGACUACUGCUUGACAAAGCUUUACCAUUGUUCAUCGCAGCUGCAACCUUCGUGCGCAUGAUUCGCGAUAGACACUGGGCGAGAAGCCCUGACUAUAAGAUUGAUUUCAUCAUCGAUAAGUCAUCUAGGGUCAACUCUGAAUACGAUGCUUUAUACAAGCCUGUGCUGAGUCUCAUACAGAGCGGCGCGCCUGAUGACGACCUACAUGAAGUCAAACGGAAUUUUAUGGAUAUCAUAGGUUCUCUCAUUCUUCUUGCAAGCCCUCUACCGAUAGGAUCACUUGCUGAGCUUCUUGGCAUCGAUGCAUGGGCUGUAUCCAGUCAAAUCGAUGCACUACGUUCGGUCAUCGAUGUUCCGGAAGACGACAGUCCUCUUCAGCUGUUCCAUCUGUCAUUCAGAGAUUACAUCCUCAGUACAUCCGCUGGAGACCUUCAAGUUGAUGAAGAGCAGACACAUGCAAGCCUGGCAAACAGAUGCCUCAAGCUCAUGCGAAGGACUUUGAAGGCUGAUAUCUGUAGGCUUCGAACGCCAGGAAAAAGACUCUCUGAUGUUGAAACAUCUGUUAUCAGUCAGUGCCUACCGCCAGAAAUUCAAUAUGCGACCUUGUACUGGGUUCACCAUUUGAAAGCGUCCGGGAAGCGCAUGAGAGAAGAAGACUAUGCGUACAUACUUUUCAAAGGUUUCUUUACAAACUGGCUCGAGGUUAUAUGCCUACUAAGAAAGAUUGAUCACGCCUUUUUGAUGUUGGAAGACUUGCAGAGCAUAGUCGAUGAGACUUCUGGAGCACAAGUACUGCAGUUUAUCCAAGAUUCAUUCAAGUUCAUUACUUAUUUUCGAGGCGGCAUAGAGCAGCAUCCUCUCCAGUUAUACCACUCUGGUACUAUCUUUAGCCCUAAAGCAAGCAUCGCUCCCAGUCCACUCGACCGCCGCCAAUACCCCGACUACAUCACAGCGCCCUCCAACAUAGAUCUCAACUGGCCACAAAGUCAAACUGUUGAUGUUCUUGAAGGGCUAGCCCAGAUAUCAUUCUCACCAGAAAAUAAGCUAGCCUCAAUUUGUUACCAGGGCCAGAUCAGAAUAUGGGACCUUACGUCAGGGGCCUUGACAGAAAACAGCCAGUGGGAAUCCAUUGGAAUCGAUUUAAUCACUCCCAUUGCGAACGGCAACAAUAUACUGUCGCAUAACGCGGGGGUCGUGAAGCUCUGGGAUAUGCAAAGCGGAUCGUGCAAAGAGAUACUCGAGCCAGAAGCCCCGUUGCAGAUCCUUAUAGCAGCUGCAUCCAACACUUCAACAUUUGCUAUACUGAAAAAGCCAAUGAUUGAAAUCUGGAGCAUCGGCCCUUUGCGUCAUUUGAAGACAUUGGCACGAGAACUUAGUUUGGUUGAGAGGGGGUAUUGCUGUCUAGUCAUUUCUGCCAACGGACAACGACUAGCUAUAUCACCAGACCUUUGUUCAAUUGAGAUUUGGAACGUUGGUGACGGCCUCCUAGAGCAUAAACUUGAUACGCCGUUUAUGCACUUCCCUUGCAUCGCCUUUUCGCCGGAUGGUGCGAAAAUUGCCUACUAUCUGGGGGGGAGCAUCGAGGUACGCUGUCUUCCUGGACUUGAGACACUCGCGAUUACGACUGAUAUGAGCCCGGAAGUACCAUACUUACGCACUCUCACCUUUCAUGGUGGCUGGCUGAUAGGUAUAAAUAUGAACACGCAAGUGCAAGUCUGGGAUGCAUCAACCGGAGAAAGUCUUUUUCUGUCGCAGCCGUAUCCGGAGCUCAGGGCAUCCAAUUUUCCGUACUCGUUUCUUAGUACCGAUGCCAUUGCCCGUUCAUUCCAUGGAGGUAUGGAGGAUCUGGAACCAUGUUACAUUGGUCAAGAACCUCCUUGGCUCAUGAAGAAUGGUGAGAAACUUCUCUGGCUCCCACCAGAUUACAGACCACAGUCUGUAUACAUAUCGGGGACAACUAUGGUCCUUGGAACGUAUUCCGGGCGUGUAUUAUUCUUGUACUUGAAGGAUUAG